CAGCAUGUCGCUUUCGGAUCGCAAUCUCGCGAUAGAUUCUUACAGAGACCCACCCUGGCAUUCCAGCCUUGCAGGAGGUCGACCAAUUCCCGAAUAUCAUGCCCACCUAGAAAUCGUCAAGAGCUGGCUCAGGCUAUGCGAUGAGCAACACGGCUCACAAUGUCACGCGAAGAAAGAAGAUUCGGACAUCUGGCCACUCUGGCUCAUCGAUGUAGUAGAGUGUUGCAUCGUAGACGGUAAUAGGGCUACGCGAUAUCUUACACUCAGCUACGUUUGGGGCGGCGUACAUACUCUCCAGGCAACUACUAGCAAUAUAGAGGACCUGCAGCAACCAAGGAGUCUUGACCAAUUUGGAGACACUUUGCCCAAAACAAUCCGCCAAGCUAUGGAGUUUACCCGACUUAUUGGGGAACAAUACAUCUGGAUAGAUCAGCUUUGCAUUCUCCAAGACGAUGCCUUGAACAAAGAAUUUCAGAUUGACCAUAUGGCCGAGCUGUAUGCCAAUUCCCACCUGACUCUCGUCGCGGCUUCCGGGGAGAGCGCAGCAUCUGGUCUAGGUAGAACUCUCGGACUUGGGCCCAGUGAAACAAGACGAUGGAAGUAUGAGCAGUAUUCCAAAAUAUUACAUCAUGGCUGGCCCUUGCAAGAAUCUACUUGGGGUUCGCGAGGGUGGACAUUCCAGGAAAACAUCUUCGCGCGGCGCGCGAUUUUCUUCCUAAAGUACACGGUGGAUUUUAGGGAGGGAGAGGGGCUUACUUGGGAGUGCGAGCAUGCCGGGUGGACGGAUCUUCAGGGGCCAGUCACUCUUGAAAAGAGCCUAAGACUGAAACCUCAUCGUGGUCGGUUUGAUGGCCUCCACCAUAGAUCUUGGCCCGAUCUUUAUGAAUAUACGCACUUGGCAGAUACCUACGCAAAGCGAAAGUUCACUUAUCCUUCAGACGUCAUUCCGGCUUUUUCGGGUUUUGCUACUGUUGUCGGUAAAAGUUUCCGUGGCGGGAUUUUAUAUGGCCUUCCAGCUCUAUUCUUCGACGUGGCUCUGCUAUGGCAAUCUCCUCGGUUGGCGACACGGCGAGUAGUGAGUUCGCAUUCGGGGAUACAAACACAACUCCCUAGCUGGUCUUGGGUGUCCUGGCCAGGACAAGUCAACCUCGCCCUCUGGACCGCUGGUUGUGAGUACUUGGAGUUGUUCUCGACAAGCCUAGUCGUAAAUCCACUCGUGAAGUGGCAUAUUAUCACUAGCGAUAAUAUUCGUGUUGCAAUAGAGAGCGACUAUCACAAGUACAGACACCUUUUCGACGCUGCUGAUGGGGAAUUGCCUAGCGGGUGGAGUCGCGUAGUGAGAGACGCCAUCAGGUCGCGAAAACGUCCACAGUCCUGGUCUUCCAACGCCGAAUCGUACGCUUAUAAACACUCAACUGAUGCUCGGACAAUCUUCAACUAUCCAAUCCCGCUCGUAGAGCCCUUUCACAUAGAUGCAAUAACGCCAAAAUCAAACCUCAUCACUUGCCGUGCAAAUCGCGCAUGGUUUUCCAUGGUGGUAGAACGAUCUUUGCACCCAAGCCUAUAUACUUCCAUUUUCGAUAGCAAUAAAGUAUGGUCUGGGAUGCUCGACAUCGUUUACAACGGCUUGGUUAACAAGGGGUCGACAUCGGCCACUGUUAACAACCCGAGAUGCGAACUCAUUGCUAUAUCUACGGGAAGUGUUCUUCAAGAUCCUCGCUAUGAUAUUAGGUCUUGGUUUAAAGAGGAACGACACCCUAGAAGACCGAAUACUGGAACGCGGUACUAUUUCUAUAACGUUCUUUGGAUCGAAUGGGUGGAGGGGAUCGCGUUUAGGAAAGCUCUUGGGCGAGUACACAAAGCAGCCUGGGACGCAGCUGAGAGAGAGCUUAUUGAUGUCAUUCUUGGCUGAAUGCCUGUCACUACAGGUGUCCCCUCCCACAGCUACCGAUUUUCAGUGCUACCGAUCGCGGCAAGACCUCGCAAGCAUUCUGCGCACAAGCAACAUCUUCGUUACUUGUCGUGUCAAGUAUCGCCACGAUAUGUUUGUCUUUUUGUUAGAGUCAUGCCGCUAUAUAAAGCCAUCUACCUUACGCGUGUUUCAGUGAGGCACGAGGAAAAAAUGAAAGACUGUC